ACAGGACUGAGAUGUCAGGCCUUCAGAAAUGUCAUCGGUGAGCGGCACGGUAACCGUUGCCUUGGUCACAGAGCGAGUCAUUUCCCGUUCAGCCCCUUUUAGCUCCGGUGUCGGCGGUCGUGACCGUUUCUCCGUCGUGGUCUUUUCUCUUCCCUGCUUACAGGUCUGGCGGCAGGCGGGUCAUUUACUAGUGGGGGAACAUGGAUUUGUGAAGGGACAAAAAAAAAGAUUGACGGUUCCGCUCCUAAGAGGAUCCGUCUGCUGUACCCUUGAACAAGGUCCUGACUGGUUUCAGAAAGACACUGAACUGAUUCCUUCAAUUGCAUGAGUAAAUCUAUCAUCUGCAUUUCAGAUGAGGCUGUUAAUAGUAAUAAUUAUAAUUAGGCUGCCAAAAUGUAAUUACAGUAUACGAACCAGUUUUUCGGUUGUAGUCCAGUUCUGAAGGACUGUCAGCAGAGAGCACAAAUUCACUGGAACUUCUGUCCGCAGAUAUACGUACACGUUAAUCGCAAUAUGUGAUAGAAUUUCCUAUUUCUAAUAAAAUAAAUGCUCCUGUAUGUGUGUAAUCCACUUCCUGAAUGUGGCAAUUCACUGGAUUUUAAAAACAUUAAAUUGGAAGUAAAUAAUGCUUUGAAAAUGAUCAUUUUUAUUAUUUCUCACGCUGCAGUUUGAAAGCAGUGAGGCAGACAGUCAGCGCCGUAUAUGGCUGCAUCGGAGCUAUAUAAAGGGGAACGAGUCGAUGAUCUGUGCAAACUUCAGACAGGUCUGGAAACAUAAUAUGGUCCUUUAAUGCCUGCACUUCAGAGGGGAGUAAAAUGCAUUCAUUAUUGUGACCAGGAAUACGGUGCCUGGUUGUCAGUCAUUGUCUUUGCAUGCUGCUGGUGAAUAUACCUGUCUGACCUGAUCUGUGAGAAGCCAGCUAUGAACAUUCCUCUUCCUGCAUAUAGGCCACAAAGAUAAAAAUCAAAUACAAAGUUCUGCACUGUGCUGUCGCACAUCUCCUUUUCCUGAUUUUUCGUCUUCAAGGCAACUUCGGACCCAGUUAAACAGGAAUAUUAAUCAUAAAUGUUGUCUGGUUAGCUGGCUAGGUUAGUUACCAAGUGAGUUUUAUUACAUAUUUUACUUAUGUAUACAUGCAUACCUGCUGUUUUCUAGAGAUUGCAGUUUAUCCUGUUAUUAUGUUUUGUCUCUUUUUUUUCUCAGUGACUUGAUAAUUCCCAGGUAAGACUUUACCAAGAUGUUUAAAAACUCAGUUACUACUGAGUCAAAAAAUUACUUUUGAUCCAUCAAUCCAAUCCAUCAUCCAAUGGUUUAUCCUGGACGGUGUAACUUAAUGUCUUCAUUACCUGCAGGAAAUCUGUGCCUUAUGCACAGGAAAUGCAAACUCCACACACACAGAGUGGGGAUGCAAUUCGAACCUCCAUCCCUGGAAGUGUGGGGCAGCGGUACUGCCUACUGAGGCAGCCAGGAGUAAUACAUUAAUAUCCCUUAAUAAUACAUGGUCAUAAAAUAUCUAACCUCAAGUCAAUUUUACUGUUAAAAUAAACCUUUAUCAAUGUUAUAAAUCAGGCAAUUAAACACUGCGAAGCUGCUUUUUCAAACUGGUCUCAGCGGCGAGGCAGUAGGGUAACCAAGAGAGAAUACAUUUUACUUGCGGUGUGAUGUGCGUCAGCACAGGUACAUUCUGAUCCUGUUUGCUACAUUAAACUGUUUUCUUCUGCUUGUUUACUUUUCCUGGUUAGUAUUAUAUUACUGACCCACACCUUUGUUCAAUAUUUCCCGUGCUGGUCCGUAGGAACACACAUCACCUGGUGUGAGCGGAGGUGGCCAAAACUGACAUGUGACCACGUUAGAAGAACGUGAAGGUUAAUUUUAAACCAUUAGGACGUCGAAGGAAUGAAGGAUGGGAGGCAGGAAGUGGAUGGAAGCCGACAGAUUUAGCCGAACGCUUGUUGUGCGUCCGCUGCAGUCGGUGUUGGCGUUGAGCCUGGACCUCGGGAGAGCCUGACUGACGGGGGCCGACUCCUUCAUAUGCAAAUACGGCCCCCUGCAAUUUACAUCUCUCAUGCUUGCAGAGAUACAGACGUUCGUUUAUAGCCCACCUCCAAAACUGUAGGAGGUUAGUCGUUUCAUUCGCCUGAUCGCUCGUCUCGAUGUACUGCCUGCAUGUAAAUUGUUUUUAUUUUCUAACCCGGGGAAAAUCCACAGGCCGCAGGCACUCGCAGUUCCCCUUGCGCUUGUCUCCUUCCCCUAGCUGACUGCCCCCCCCCCUUGCUGUACCACGAACGCUGGUCUCUCUGGUGGCAGGUAAGGCAUGGCAGGAGGGGAGGGGGAGGAGCUUGGCAGGUCUCCUGCGACAGGUAUGCUAGAAGGUGGGGCGGGGCCACCUGUAUCAGAGUCAGCCUGCCGGUCUGCGCUGCCACUGCUCCGUGGGUAGCUCACUCCGCUCAGGCUGAGCAGGGUCAAGGGGGGGAGGGCUCCGGGAAGGGUCCACCAUGGAGCCAAAAGAGGCCGGGGGAGAGGGCGGGCCGGCUACCGGCGAGAAGAAGGUCCGGAAGAUAAAAAGACCGAACGGGCUGUUUGUGAGACACUUAGAAAGGAGGAAGACCGACACCAUCGUGGAUGACGAUGUGGCGAAGGCCGACGUCAACAUCAGCACCCUGGUGCGGAGGACCCAGUCCGACAAAACGGAGUACAGCACCAAACUCAAAGGAAAAAUGGCACCCCAGUCCAUGUCCUCCACGUCGUCCACCACGUCUCUGGACCUGGACCCAGAAGAGCAGCGAGACAGGAAGAUGAGCAGAAGGUCGAAGGUCAUUCAGGAGCUGUUGCAGACCGAGAGGGACUACCUGACCGACUUGGAGCUGUGCAUCAGGGAAGUUCUCCUGCCGCUGCGAGAGGCCCAGGUGGUGGAAGUGGACCGUCUGUUCUCCAACAUGGAGGCCGUGCGGGACCUGUCCUACAAGCUGCUGGGGGACCUGCGGGAGGCCAUGGCCGAGACCAACCCCGAGGCGCAGGCCGUCGGUGACAUCUUCAUACAGGCCAAAGCGGAGCUGGAGGAUGUGUACAAAGAGUACUGCUACGAGCACGACGACGCGAACGCCCUGCUGAAGACAUACGAGAAGGACGAAGAGAUCAGGCAGCAUUUCAGGAACCGCGUCUUAGCUCUCAAGAAAAUAUAUGACCAGGAGGGCAAGUCCAACCUGCUGGACAUGGGCUCACUGCUCAUCAAACCCGUGCAGAGGGUGAUGAAGUACCCACUGCUUCUGGGCGAGCUGUGGCAGGCCACACCUGAGGAUCACCCCGACCGGCAGCCACUGGAGGAGGCCCUGGCCGCCGUCAAGGUCGUCAACAUCAACAUCAACGAGUUCAAGAGGAGGAAGGACAUCGUGAUGAGGUAUAUCAAACCCGACGAGGAGGAGAACCUGAUUGCAAAGCUGAACAAGUUCAGCAUCCACUCCAUCCGGAAGAAGUCUGACAGGCUGACCAGCUACCUCAAGAUGCUUACAGGGGCGGAGCCACUGGUCAAAGAUGAAGCCUUUGAUAGAGAGGAAAAGCUUUUCCGGAGCCUCGAGAAAGCCGUGAGGCUGCUGGUGAAGAACGUGUGCUGUUACCUCCAUCACGUCCAGGAAAUGACUUCUCUGGCCACAGACCAUGCUCAGGAUCUGGAGAAGAUAAUAGUGGAUCCAGACAGGAUGGACUGCAAUGGGUCUAUCCACAGGAAGAACGGGGGUAGUCCGUACCGGCACUUUAAGGAGAGUCUGGAGCGCUUGGUGCUCACUCCCCUGUCGACGCUGCAGGGCAUGUUCCCUGGGCCCCAGAAGCUGAUCCAGAAGCGGCAGGACAAGCUGUUGGACUGCUAUAGCCGGCAAGAGAGGCCGGGCUCUGAGGAGCAGCUGCUGGCCCGGCGUGACUAUGAGGCCCUCAAUGCCCAGCUGGUGGACGAGCUGAAGCGAUUCAACUGCGCAGCACGGGCCAUCCUGGACAACUGUCUACACUGCCUGGCGGGCCUGCUCAGAGGCCUGCUGGAAGCCUCCACGCAGAGGGUCCCCACCAUUCAGCAGCUGCCGGCUCCUCUGUCAAACAUCUGUGAAGUCCAAAGCAGCAUCAUAGAGGGCUUGAACAACCUCAGCUUUGUGAAGGACAACGCUCCCAGGCUCAUGGAACGGAAAGUGAGCUUCGAGAAGCUGAAGAAGAUAUCGCCUCCGGAGGUGGCCAGGCAGACAGAGGUCCACCGCACCGGGCUGCUGGCCUCCUACCCCCUGGACCGCAUGUACCAGCUGAAACGUAACUGCAACGCGUGUCAGCAGCAGGACGUCAGCUUGCUGGAGGGUGAGCUGGUGGCCCUGUUGGAGGACCAGGACCCCCUGGGCAGCAGCAGCCGCUGGCUGGUCGACACGGGCGGUGCACAGGGCUACGUGUACUCAACCUUUCUGAAACCUUACAACCCCACGAAGGACCGGCCCGGGGUACGGCCCGAGGCCUCCGACGACUUCGACAACAUCAGCCUAUUCGUGUCUGGCGGCGCCGGUGGUAGCCGCACCAGCAUCAGCGGCAGCGUCAGCACGGGAAGCCUGCGUGGAUUCUGCCUCGAUACUGUCGAUGGCGCUCCUACCUCUGAUGGCCUGCAGGGGGAGCCAGAGGCCCCAGAAGACGAAAAUGCCGACGACCAACAGUUUUACGCCGUGUACGCCUUCCAGGCGCGCUGCUCGCAGGAACUCACCCUGCGGGAGUCCCAGCACGUGCGGAUCCUGCGCUUCUGCGACCUGGGCGGCAAUAGGGAGUGGUGGCUGGCCGAGGCUGAGGGCCAGCAGGGAUAUGUCCCAGCCAACUACCUGGGCAAGAUGUCCUAUGCCUAGCGCAGGCUCCGGAGAAUGAACCGCGGCCAGUGGCAUUUAGAGGCCAGCAGGGGGCGUGGUGGUUAAAGGUCUGCCGAAGGAACUCUGCUGCUCUGCCCCCAAGUGAAGUACAUUACCUGAAUCGUUCAGGUAAAUUAUCACCUACAAAAAUGGUUAAAGUAUGAAACUGAAGUGUGAAUCACUGUGAAAAACAAUAUUAUCCAUAACUUGACCCUGUACCCAAUAACUGAUUAUGGAAGGGGGAUGAAUGGAUGUAUGUGUAAUCCUCCUAUAAAUGAUGGUCACCCAGGACUUCGUAUUUAACACCUGCAGUGUUUCAUUGAUUAUAAUGAAUGUCACAAAUGUCUAUAAAAAAAUAUGAAGUAGAUGUACAGCAGAUGUAUUUUAUCAGAGUUAAUAUUCAUAUUAAUUAUUAGAGGAUUUAAAUUUAUACAGAGAUAAAUGUGUCUAUAUCCCGACAGCGUGUAUAUUUUAUAAAAGGUUUUAUGCAGUGAUGAAUAAAGAUAUAUUAUGGACCGAAA